AUGAAGUGUUCCAGAGGCCUCAAAAUCUGCUGUGGUGUAACUGUCAUUGUUGUAAUUGCGUUAUUAGUGACACUGGUUAUCUUAAUCCUCACUGUCUUCAAGCCUAAAGACCCCAAAAUUGAGAUGGGCUCAGUUGACCUUGAAAGGUUAACAUUAAUUCUCCCAACUUUAGAGGUAGACGGAGCAUUAGGCACGGUGGUCACGGUUAAAAAUCCUAAUUAUGGAGGCUUUAGUUACCAGAACAGUACAGCUUAUCUUUAUUAUCGUGGGAAUCUUGUGGCUGAAGCUCCAAUUCAUGAGGACACCAUUCCAUCUCGUGGGGACCUUAACAUCACAACAUCUUUGAAUUUCUUUGUUAAUAACACAAAAUUUCCUGAUUUAGCGGCUGAUUAUUUUGGUGGCCUUAUGAAUUUUACAUCAACAACUACCUUACUUGGUAAAGUCAAGGUACUUAAUCUCUUCAAGAUCAAGGCCACUAGUUACUCCACCUGUGAUCUCUUUGUGUUCACACAUGACGGUAUCGUUAAUUCUACCUGCAAUGUAAAAAUCAAAUUCUGA